UCUCUGAUGCAGAAUUCUCUCAUAUUCAGGUGCCAAGUGUCUUUCUUAUAUUGUUUAUGGUACCAGCAAGUCCGCCCUCGAUGCCUGGCAAUGUGAGCGCUAGAAAGACAUAGGGCGUAUAAUCCUCCUGUUGUACGCUGUGUGUUUUUUCCACACUUGACCUCAUAACGACAACGUCUUGUCACUAUGGCAACAACUUUGUGUACUACCCCAGAAACCCGUUAAAAACCGAGAUUAUUUAUUAAUUUAUUUUUACCCCGAUAUUGUUCCAAAUACCUAUACUACAGAGACUCCAAGAGCUUCCAUAUCCGAGGGAUAGAUGAAGAAAAGCAAGCCCCCCUCCAGGAGAGCUGAAAUCCAUCAACUCUACCAAGUCUACGCUGCAGGACUGGAAACUUUGAGUGCCCGUGCACUGCUGACGUUCCUCCACAAGGAGCAGAAGGAACUCACAGCAAAUGAAGAAAAAGCAGAGAGUUUGAUUGAUAGAUUUGAGAUCAACGAGACAGCCAGAGAAAACAGCUCAAUGACCUUUGAAGGGUUCCUCAGGUACAUGGAGUCCAAAGAGUGCUGUGUGUUCAACCAGGCCCACACAUCAGUGUACCAGGACAUGGACCAGCCUCUUACCAGCUAUUUCAUCUCCACAUCACACAACACCUACCUGACCGGAGAUCAGCUAGUAGGGCAAAGUAGCCUGGAUGCCUAUGUUAGUGCUCUGAGGAAAGGCUGUCGCUGCCUGGAGAUUGACUGCUGGGAUGGGCCAGACACGGAGCCCGUAGUUUACCAUGGCCACACCCUCACCAGCAAGAUACUUUUUAAGGAUGUCAUCACCACUGUGGGGCAGCACGCCUUUGAGGUGUCUGCUUAUCCAGUGAUUCUGUCUUUGGAAAACCAUUGCUCCCGGGAGCAGCAGGAGGUCAUGGCCGAGUAUCUUAUCUCUAUCCUGGGGGAAAACCUGCUGAUAGCUCCCUUGGAUCGCCCAACUGCGGGAGACCUCCCAAGUCCAAAUGAUUGCCAGGACCUGAAGUAUAAGAUCCUCAUCAAGAAUAAAAAGCUCAAGCGUCAGAUUGAGACAGAGGAUGCUGCAGAGGGAGAGGAGAGUGCAAAUGAGGGUGAGGAGGAGGAGGAUGAGGAGGAAGAGGAUCAUCAAACAAAAGCAAAGUUCUGGUCUCCCAGAAAGGCAGGGUCAAAGAAGAAAAAGAAGAAGGUGGUGGUAGCUGAGGCUUUGUCUGACCUUGUUAUAUACACAAGGUCUGUCAAGUUCAUCAGUUUUAGUCACUCCAGGGACAAUCAAAACUGUUAUGAGAACACAUCUAUGGAAGAGAAGAAGGCUUGCAAGCUACUCAAAGCUUCAGGUUCGGAUUUUGUUGAACACAACCAGAAGUUCCUCAGUAGGAUUUAUCCAACGGGCUUGAGGAUGUCUUCCUCAAACUAUAAACCUGUGGAAUUUUGGAAUGUCGGUUCUCAGCUCGUGGCACUCAAUUUCCAGUCUCCGGGCUUGCCUAUGGACCUUAAUGAUGGACUUUUCCAGGACAACGGGGGUUGUGGCUACGUCCUAAAGCCGGCGGUUCUCAUGUCCACCCAGAUGCGCUUCGAUCCCAACAGCAGCCACCACAAGCGUAAAUCAACAUACCUGCUGCUCAAGGUGAUCAGUGGGUCCAACCUACCCCUACCCAGGAGUGGAAAAGCUCUGGACCCCUUUGUGAGAGUGGAGAUUCAUGGGAUUGCAUCAGACUCCUGCAGAAAAAACACACAUACUGUCAAAAACAAUUCUCUGAGUCCUCGCUGGGAUACUGACAUGUCCUUCACGAUUCGCUUGCCUGAACUGUGCCUCGUUCGCUUCUGUGUCAGAGAUCAGACCGGCAUUCUCAGCAGUGAGUUUGUAGGCCAGUACACCCUGCCCUUCAAGAGUCUGAAGAAAGGCUACAGGUGGGUGCCUCUCCAAUCCAAAGACGGCUUCAGCCUGGAUCCAGCCUCCCUAUUCGUCUAUAUCUCGCAUUCCUAAAAAACACAUCUCCGUAUCAGACUCUCUCACACGGCGACACAGGCACACACGCACACCUUGCCAGCAGAUAGAGAAGCGUGGCUGAUGUGGGAGCAGCAGCGGCAGCAACAAUGAAAAUAUAUAAAUAAAUCAAAAAGAACCAUUUCCUCA